AUGCCUGACUUGGCAAGUACAAUUGUUGAAUAUUGCAAGAAUUUAAAACACUUGAGGAUACAUAAUCCUGAUGACUUAAUGAAUGAAACUGCUCUAAAAAAGCUAACAGAGCUGGAAAAACUUGAAAGUUUAAUAUUGCUUCCUCGCAUUAAGCUCAAUACAGAAUCAAUAAUUGCAAUUUCAAACAAUUGUAAAAAACUUAAACGUUUAGAAAUUCCUAGUUGUGUUAUAUUACCAUCUGUUAAUGAUGAUUUUGAAGAUAGUACAAUUACUGCUAUUGCUAAUAAUUGUAAAAACCUAAAAAGUUUAGAUAUCCAAGGUAGCACUGGUCUUACUGAGACAGCUCUCGUUGCUUUAUCAAACUUGGAAAAUUCACAAAAACUAGACGUAAGUUAUCUUGAUAAAAUUACAGACAGCUCCCUCAUCAAAUUGAAAAGAUUAAAAGAAUUGCAUUGUGCAAUGACUUUUUCUAAUUCAAUAUGGUAUUAUUCAAUUGAAAAGAUUAGUGUCUGGUAUAUGAAUAAUAUUACAAUUGAUAUGGUUAUUGGUGCUGAUCAGACAACUAAAAAUCGUACAAAUGUACUAUCUUUCAAUAAUAACUCAUUUGAUUAUUUAUCUGUUCUUGAUGAGUUAUCAAAAUUGCAAUGUCUUGAACGUCUGAACUUGUGUUUUGCACAAGAUCUUAAAGACAGUACUAUUACUGCUAUUGCUAAUAAUUGUAAAAACCUAAAAAGUUUAGAUAUCCAAGGUAGCACUGGUCUUACUGAGACAGCUCUCGUUGCUUUAUCAAACUUGGAAAAUUUACAAAAACUAGACGUAAGUUAUCUUGAUAUAAUUACAGACAGCUUCCUUAUCAAAUUGAAAGGAUUAAAAGAAUUGUAUUGUAAUAAAUGCACGAACCUUACUGAUGUUGGUAUUAUUCAAUUUAUAAAAAAUAAUCCAGAUCUUGAACUUCUUAGUGUCUAUUGUAUUAACAAUAUAACAUUUGACAUGAUUAUUGCUGCUGAUCAGGCAACUAAAAAUCUUUGUGCCAAAUGGAAAGAAGCAUGUCAACUUGCUUGGUAUGACAUUAAAAAAUACAAAUGUAAAUCAUCAAUUGGCCGUUGUUAUGAUAACUGUUUGCUAACACAAUCAUACCUUGAGAAAAUAUUAUUAAGAUGUGUAUCAUCUAUUGAUGGUGAGCCACUUUCUUCUCCAUCUGUUCUUGAUGAGUUAUCAAAAUUACAAUAUCUUGAACAUCUAAACUUGCGUAAUUCAGAAAAUCUUAAAGAUAGUACAAUUACUGCUAUUGCUAAUAAUUGUAAAAACCUCAAAAGUUUAGAAAUCGAAUUGUGCGCAGGUAUUACUGAAACAGCUCUCGUUGGCUUAACAAACUUAAAAAAUUUACAAAAACUUAAUGUCAAUCGUCUUGAUAUAAUUACAGACAGCUUCCUUAUCAAAUUGAAAGGAUUAAAAGAAUUGCAUUGUGAUAAAUGCAAGCAACUUACUAAUGCUGGUAUUAUUCAAUUUAUAAAAAAUAAUCCAGAUCUUGAAUUUCUUGAUGUCUGCUCUACUGAUAAUAUUACAAUAAAUAUGACUGUUCAAAGAUUCAGAAAUCUUAAAAAAUUAACAUUAGUUGGCCUCUGUUUAGACAAAAUAAACCUUCAAGAAAUAGCAGACAUAACAACACUUGUUUAUCUUCACAUUGGACUAUAUAAAGAUAUACAUCAAAACCUUUCUCUAUUUAAUAAACUCGUUAAUUUGGAGUAUAUCGACUUAACGAUGAGACUUAAGUAUAAUUUGUAUGAGCUCUCUACAAAAGAACUUGAGACUAUUUUUUGUACAUGCAAAAAUCUUAAACAUCUUGAUAUUCCAGCUCGUCCUUAUGAUGUAGCUCGUGUUCCUCCUGAAAAAUGGAUAAACUUUCAAAACUUGGAAUAUCUUGGUAUUUAUUGUCGAUUAAUGCCUGACUUAGCAAAUACAAUUUUGACAGAGUUGGAAAAUCUUGAAUGCUUAAUAUUGUUUGGUCUGUUUGAUAUAAUGGAACUCGAUAACGAAUCAAUAAUCGCAAUUUCAAACAAUUGUAAAAAACUUAAACGUUUAGAAAUUCUUGGUUGUGCUAUAGUACCAUCUAUUGAUGGUGAGCCACUUUCUUCUCUAUCUGUUCUUGAUGAGUUAUCAAAAUUGCAAUAUCUUGAACAUCUAAAUUUGAGUUAUGUGAGAAAUCUUAAAGAUAGUACAAUUACUGCUAUUGCUAAUAAUUGUAAAAACCUAAAAAGUUUAAGUAUCCAAAUUUGCAGGGAUCUUACUGAGACAGCUCUCGUUGCUUUAUUAAACUUGGAAAAUUUACAAAAACUAGACGUAAGUUCUCUUGAUAUAAUUACAGACAGCUUCCUUAUCAAAUUGAAAGGAUUGAAAGAAUUGCAUUGUAAUGGAUGCAAGAAACUUACUAAUGCUGGUAUUAUUCAAUUUAUAAAAAAUAAUCCAGAUCUUGAAAUUCUUGUUGCCUAUCGUAUUGACAAUAUAACGAUUGACAUGAUAAUUGCUGCUGAUCAGGCAACUAAAAAUCGUACAAAUGGUAUCAUUUUACACAUAAUGAUGGAUAAUAUAAUCGGACAAUUAUUUUUACCUCACUUGUGCCUCUUCCACAUCCCUACAUAA